AUAAGAAGAAGUCAAGAAGCAUAUAUAUAUCUUUUGUACAAACUAACUAACCUGCGUGGGUUCAAAAACUAAAUUAAAGUACGCACUACGCACGUACCAAAUGCAUCUAUUGUUUUAUUCAACAACAGAAGAUGCUUUGAUAACACUGCUCCACUAACUGCUUCAUAUUCCCUUAACAACUCCAUCUUCAUUGCCUUCCCUAUAAAUGAAUAAGCAUUCCCCCCAUUGUUCCUCAAAACUAAGGUUGAAUUCUCUGAUUAGGAAUAUCAAAUAUGGCAACAGUAAUUGCCUUAGUGGUGAUGACCAUAAUGGUGUCCUUCACUUUUGUAGCAAGUGCACUAAGUGUGGAUUACUAUGAACACACAUGUCCUCAGGUAGAGUCCAUUGUUUCGGGUGCUGUGUAUAAAGCAGCCAUGAAUGAUAUAACUGUCCCGGCUGCUCUACUUCGGAUGCAUUUUCAUGAUUGCUUCAUAAGGGGGUGUGAUGGGUCUGUUCUACUGGAAUCAAAAGGAAAUAAUAAAGCAGAAAAGGAUGGACCACCCAACAUCUCAUUGCAUGCAUUCUAUGUCAUUGAUAACGCCAAGAAAGCAAUUGAAGCCGUAUGUCCCGGAGUCGUAUCUUGUGCUGAUAUUUUGGCUCUGGCCGCAAGGGAUGCUGUUCAUCUGUCUGGAGGACCCUAUUGGGAAGUGCCUAAAGGAAGAAAAGAUGGAAGGAUAUCAAAGGCCAUUGAAACAAGACAGUUGCCAGCUCCAACCUUCAAUAUAUCCCAAUUACAACAAAGCUUCUCUCAGAGAGGCCUUUCCUUGGAAGAUCUUGUAGCCCUCUCAGGUGGCCACACUCUGGGUUUUGCUCACUGCUCCUCUUUCCAAAACAGGAUUCACAACUUCAGCCCCAACAAAGACAUUGACCCUUCCUUGAACCCAUCAUUUGCCACCAACCUCAGAACCAUAUGUCCCUUUCACAACAAGGCAAACAAUGCAGGUUCCCCAUUGGACUCAACCAACACCGUCUUUGACAAUGCUUAUUACAAGCUCAUCCUCCUCACUCACCCCAAAACCAAAUCCUUGGUUUCAAAGUUUGCUAAUGCCAAAAAGGACUUUGAACACGCAUUCGUCAAGUCCAUGAUCAAAAUGAGCAGCAUCACCGGUGCUGGACAAGAAAUCAGGCUCCAUUGUAAACACGUUAGAUGAUCCUGUAUUUGUAUGUCUUAUGGUUUCUUAAGAAAUUGAAGACACGAGGGAGACACAAUAAUUGCUAUAGCUUUUCAUAAUGAAGGUUUGGUUCUUGAUUCUGACUUGUGAAUAUUGUUAAAACAAUAAUCAUAGUGCUUAAGCUGUUCGAGAUUAUAUUUGUUUAGUUUUGUUGUUCUUAAAUCGAUAAACCGGGCUGUUGUGGAAUGUGGAGUGUUAUUUCUCCAUGAUCCAAAUACGCCUGUAUAUAUUGGCUUGUAACAUUUCUCCAUUAUCAUCUUCACAUAUUGAGAAGUUGAGCGGCCAAUCAAGGUUAAUUAAAUGUUGAAGUUUAAAAGUUAAUGUACAUUAGUAAAAUGUUCAAAAUUAUGAAUCACACAAUAUAUUUGAUAAAGAACCUUGCUUAUUAUAUGAUUCUGUUCUAUCAGGCGAGUUCAUUUGAAGACACCUAUUCUUUAAACUAUCUAACAGUUCACAAUGUCUUCAUUGGAGUAACCACCUUAGAAUUAAGGGGUACACAAAUUUCUCCAUACAUAUCCUAACAUUUGGAGUUACUCUCGAUGUGAAACUAGCCAGGAUAUUUCUUAACAACUAUUUCUAUCACAUGAAGAUGGAUAACAAGAAUAUGCCACAACCAUUAAACAACUAUUUUGAAACUCUGAAAUAUUUAAGAAGC